AUCUUUUGAAGAACAUUGUUCGCUUUCGAUUUGUUUCAUAUUCCAUACAUGGACACAUUUCUUUUGAUAAAAUGGUUCCAUUUCCUGCCACGCAUGUUUCUCCAAGCGUUAUGGGUCCCUUCGCCUACUUUCCUUUUUUGGAAUGUUGUCAUGGAAUUUUAAGUCUAGAUCACAGAUCUCAAGGCGAGAUAAAAUUUACUAAUGAGGAGAAUAAAGAUGAUUUCAAAAAAAUUGUUUUUAAAAAUGGGUAUGGAUAUAUAGAGAAAGAUUGGGGUAAUAAUUUCCCUCAGUCUUAUAUUUGGGCACAGGCUAAUAAUUUCAAGAAUGAAGAAGGGUCUUCAAUAUUUGUAACAGAUAUACCAUUGAUAUCAUCAGAUAAUCUACUCAGCAAGAUUCCUUUUCUUAAAAAAUCACUGCGUUUUACUGGACGAUUAGUUAUCUUUUAUCAUGGGAGUACGGAUACUACAUAUAAUUUUAGUACAUAUACAUCAUCUUUGAUUCGAGAGUUUAAUAUAGAAAUGGAUAACUUUGGCAUGCAACAUAUAAAUAUAGAAUUUUCAAAUGUACAAGGAUUUCAUCUUAAAAUUA